AUGCAUCGACCUGCUUGGGCAUUGCAGGGAAAACCUUUGCAGACAGAGGAGGAUGAGAUCUUUCUAUCCCUUUUGGAUCGGCUACGAGAAGAGCAUGAGCUCCAAGUGGACAACCUGAGCAGCAAGAUUGCUGAGUUGCAAAAGCGGGUUGACAAUGCAGGCUUUCAACACGACGGCGGCCUAGGCACAGGCUCCAUUGGGCUGGAAGAUCCCAGCAAAGAAGAUAAAGCGGAAGCCAGCGAUGGCGUGAACGCAAUGAGGAGUGGUGGUGGAGGGUCCCCGAAAUUACAGAGGAAGCAGACGAACUCACAGUUCACCCACCUUGGUAUCCACACGCAAAAUGACGGGUGGCGGGACGCGCCUGGCAACUGUUUUGCUCGGUAUCGCCGCUUUGUGCAAAGUGCACUGUUCGAGACCUCCUUUGCCAGCUUGAUCGUUUUGAAUGCAUUGGUGAUGGCUGCUGACGUCCAAGUCAUAGGCAUUGACAUUGGGGCUGAGCUGGCCUACGCAGCGUAUCUGCCAACAUCUCUGACUGCACCAUGGGCAAGGCCAAUGUUCGAAUAUUUCGAGUGGUUCUUUGGCAUCGCCUUCACAGUUGAGAUCGUCAUGAAAUUUUCUGCAUUCGGCUUGGACUUUGUCAAAGACCUUUGGAACUGGAUUGACACGUUCAUCGUGUGCUGUUGGUACAUCGAUGUGGUCGCCGAAGACAUAUUACCCAUCAACACUACGCUGCUGCGAUUGCUCCGCCUGGUGCGGCUCCUGCGAUUGCUCAGGCUGGUUAGGCUGAUCAAAACUUUUGAUUCCCUUUAUCUCAUGACGACAGCUUUGAAAGGAAGUGCUCUUAUUCUGACCUGGGCUUGUGUAUUACUGCUGGUCCUGCAGAUACUACUGGCUCUCCUUUUGAACCAGAUUUUGUAUGCUGUAUAUUUCCCCAGCGACGACUACCCUCUCACCGAGCGACUGGAACUCUUCGAGUAUUUCGGGACGUUUACUCGCUCAAUGCUUUCAAUGUUCGAGAUAACAUUGGGCAACUGGCCACCUGUAUGCAGGCUACUCUCUGAAAAAGUUUCAGAAUGGUUCAUGUUGCUUUGCGUCUUGCACAAGCUGGUCAUUGGGUUUGCCGUGGUGGGAGUCAUCAAUGGCGUCUUCAUCCAGGAAACCUUCAAAGUGGCAUCUUCUGACAACCAAAUCAUGAUGAGGCAGAAGGAGCGGUCGUCAAAUUUGCAUGAGAUGAAAAUGCGACAAUUGUUCUUGGAAGCUGACAAUGAUCAAGACGGCCUGGUGAGCCGGGAGGAGUGGCGCGCACUUGUAAGCCAUCCUGCUGUACAGUUAUGGCUUGGCUCUAUGGAUCUGGACGCGGCCGAUGGGGAUGGGCUCUACGAUCUCAUCCUGGACGCUGACAAAGAUGGCGAUCUCACCAUGGACGAGCUUAUCAGGGGAGUGGCUCGCCUGAAAGGACAGGCCAGAAGCUAUGACCUGCAGAUGCUUUUGCGACAGGUGAAUUUCCUCACAGAUCAAGUGGAUAGACUCAACCGCAAGUUCAUGGACAAGGGUACUGGUUCCGCAGCGCUGCAGGACCUCGGCACAGUGACGGAAGACGUUGGAAACGAAGGACAUGCAUACCAAUUAAUGCAGGGAUCCGCAUGGCGCUAG